AAAGGAGAUGUGUGGUAGCAGGGGUUAUUUUUCGCGAGGCUCAAAGGAAUGCUUCACCUCGAAUCGUGCCGCCUAAACCUCACAAACGCGCUUCACCUUAGCUACUUGCCUCAACGACAAUCAACUCAGUGGAAAAGGAAAGAACCAUCAUCGUUCUCAUUAUUGGCCGCGACGGAAACUAGCAUCCAAAUCGACGACGUCUGUUACUCGCUCGAUUAAUCUGGGCCGUUCUGGCCUCGCGAGGCCGCCUUUCGCUGUUCCUUGCGGCUUCCAUCGUUCGUCGCUUCAACGCCAGCCACCCAUCACAUAACCCGCCAUGUCCGACGCCGGCUCAGAGAAGGCCGCCUCGCCUCCGCCGGCCCGCGACAACGAUGAGGAGACCAACUCGCCCGCCGCUGCCGCCGCCGCUGCCGACAACGACAACGACUCGGACGUGCUCUCCGACAUUGACGAGGAUGUGUUCGAGGAGGAGUACAACCCGGACACGGCGCGCGUCGAGGAGCGCGACUACGAGGACAUCGCCAAGAGCCUGAAGGCGUCGAAGCGGAAGCGGCCCGCGGGCGAGACCGCCCGGAAGCCCAAGGAGGGCCGGCGCGACAAGAAGCGCCGGACCGCCGACCAGGACGACGACCAGGACGGCGGCGACGGCUCGGACGGCGAGUUCUCGGGCGAGGGCAGGCGGAACAAGGGCCGGGCCGCCCGCACCGCCGGCGAGUCCGUCCGGCGGACCAAGCCCAAGGAGAAGAGCGCCGAGCCCGAGAUCGACGAGGCCAGCCUGACGCCCGAGGAGCGCCGUAAGAGGGCCCUGAUGAGGGCCAUGGACGCCGCGACUAAGAAUCCGACGAAACGGCGGCGCAAGAAGGACGAGGUGGACCUCGAGGAGCAAGCAGACGAGGAGAUCGCCGAGCUCAAGAUCAGCAUGGAGAACGCCUGCGUGUCGGACAAUAAGGCGCGCGAGGAGGGCAAGCCGGCCGUCGGCAAGCUUAAGUUGCUGCCGCGCGUGCUAUCCAUGAUGAACCGCACCUCUAUCCAACACGCCAUCCUGGACCCCGAGACCAACUUUCUGCAGUCGGUCCGCUUCUUCCUCGAGCCGCUCAACGACGGCUCGCUCCCCGCCUACAACGUCCAGCACGACAUCUUCUCGGCCCUAACGCGCCUGCCCAUCGGCAAGGAGGCCCUGCUCAGCUCGGGCAUCGGCAAGGUCGUGCUCUUUUACACCAAGAGCACCCGCCCCCAGCCUGUUGUCAAGCGCAUGGCCGAGAAGCUGGUCGGCGAGUGGAGUAGGCCCAUCUUGAAGCGGACCGACGACUUUCGAAAGCGCUCCAUCCAGACGCGCGAGUUUGAUUAUGCCGCCGCAAAGAACGCCCAGGAGCUGGCCGCCUAUAGUAACUCGCAGUCGUCUCAGCUGCCGACGCCGUCACAGCGCGGCGGCGUCUCGUCCUUUGAGCGCGAGAUCCAGAAGAAGCUCGCGCCCGAGAACAGGUCGAGCCGCGCCCAGCCCCCCGGCCUGCCCCAGACCUACACCAUCGCGCCCCAGAGCAACUUUGACGUCGCCGCCCGCGCCCAGGACUACCGCCCCAUCGGCGCCGGCGGCAUGGAGGCCUUCAGGAAGAUGACGCAGAAGGGCAAGGGCGGUAGGCGAGGCUAGACGGCGGUUUUUUGUUUUUUUGCUUCUCCCGUUGCGUGACCAAAGUCGGUAGAUCGCACUUUACCUUUUCUUUUUGGUUUGGCUUUGUUAUUUUUUCUUGUAUUACUGUGGACGGACAGCCAUAUCAUACUGCUCCGAAAUCGAAUUUCAAGAGGCUCUUUUUAUCCCGACCGCUGUCGAGAUUUGCACACAAAUUGCACGCUCCAUGGAUCCGUCCCCGUAAACAUCAUGACCAUACUGCCUGGAUUAAAGAAGAAAUAUCAUCCGCCCGUGCCAUGGAGUUGAAAAAACAACAUGAUCACAUGCGACACUAAUCGGGGCCAUAACAAAAGCGUCAGUGACAUCAUGC